AUGCACGUCCUUACGCUCACUCUCGUGAUCUGUUAUCAUAUUCUCUUCGCUUUUAUGGUUUGCGCCGUGUACGUUGUUCUCCUGCUCUUGAGCAUCUAUCUCUUCAUUCUGGGCUCCGCUGCGAUGAAGGUCGUGGUAGAGAGCGCCUUCCACCUGAGCAACCUUCUUCCUCGUGUUUCUCUGCAGGUGAUAUCCAGGGUUUGGGCAAAACGACCGUCCCCGACAGUACUGCAGCGGCUCGGCGUAUUCGUUUUUCGCGGACAGGCUUGGAGCGCGGAGACGGUGUGUCCGAGUCGGCGCCUGGAGUGCGCACUGUCGCCACGGACGUCGUUGACGAGACCAUUGCAGAUCCGCAAUCAUCUGGGGCGCAGACGCAGACACAAUCAGAUCUACCCACAGAGGCUUGGAGGCCUGGAGGCCGAGGGAGUCAUUCUCCCCGCACCUGCUUUGGACCCCAGGCGCCCCUCCGGUCUCGCGGUCUGCUGA